CGCCUCCAUAACUAAUCUUUAUUUCAGAACGAUUUGUCAUGAAAAAUUUAAUCAACAGGACAAGAGAUUCCAGGGACGAAGACGAGGAAAGAGGACGGGAGGACAAAAUUAUUGAGGACAGGGUAGGACGUGAUGAAAGGGUGGGACAGGACAGGGUAGGACGUGAUGAAAGGGUAGGACAGGACAGGAUUGGACGUGAUGAAAGGGUGGGACAGGAGGAGAGAGUGGGUGUGUCAGAUCCUCAGCAAGCUGUAAGGAAGGGCGUUCUAUGGCAGCAAAGAGAUAGACUGUUCUCAAGGUGGAAGGAGAGAUAUAUUGUCCUUACCAGGGAUUAUCUGCAUUGUUUUAAACGAGUCACAAACAGAUCAUCAGAAAUGGGAGAUUUUAUUUUCAAGGUGAAAUUGGUCCAGCUAGAGGGGGUCACACUCAUAGAUAAACGUGGUUAUCUCACAGUGUGCUUGUGUAUACUAAGGGAGGGGCGAAUCUAUUUGCGAAGUGCACAUGGUAUAAGAGAUUGGUUUCAGGCCAUACAGAGCACAGUGUAUGACAGCAAACGAAGACGGAAAUUCUGGGUAAAAGAUCCAGCAAUACCACCAGGCUGCACGCCUUGUAGUCUUUGGACAGAGAAGAAAGAAGUUCAUGAAAAGAGUGGUGACUGAUCUCCUGAUGAGCGAGGCUAUAACCUCAAUUACAAGAAAGGAUUUGGAGGAUUCCGGUCAUGAUUCGGGUCAGAGUAGUCUUAAUACAGAAAGUUCUAGUGUGU